UUAAUGCCAAUGCCAAAAUCAAUAUCAAAAGGGGAUUAGGUUGUCAAAAUUGAGAAUAAAUGUUCAAUUAAAUAUUAAGCAAAUGAAAAUUAAUAUCCAGAUUUCAUUAUGGAAUUACUUGAGCAUUUUCAUACUUUGAUGACUCCAAAAUAAUGUAAUUUCAAAGAAUCUUUUGGUUUUACAAAUGAUUUGGGUGUAAUGAAGAUUUUCAUGCAUAUUGAGUCCUUAGAAUAAUUAUAUGGGAUAGAUACUACUUAAUAAGAAUCAUAUAGGUUAUAAAUUGAUGAUCAAUUAAAUAUUUAAAUUCAAGUUAAUAAUCAUUGGGGUUUAGUUAGGGCCUUAAAUACCUUAAAUCAAUUAAGUGAUAAAGGAGAGAUUAAUCAUCUUCCAUUGAUUAUAGAGGAUGAACCUACUUACAGUUAUAGAGGUAUUUUGAUUGACAGUGCUAGACAUUUUCUAUCGGUAUAAUUGAUAGAGAGGACUGUUGAUUCUCUAGUAAUGAACUCAAUGAAUACAAUUCAUUGGCAUAUAACAGAUGAUGAAAGUUUUCCUUUACUUUUAACAGAAUAUCCUGAAAUUACACAUUCAACUAAAUAUUCAGAAAAUUCAUUUUAUACAAUUAAUGAUACUACAAGAAUAGUAGAAUAUGCUUCAAAGAGAGGAGUUUAAAUAAUUCCUAGUUUUGAUAGUCCUGGACAUUCAAUGAGUUGGGGAAUGACUAAAGAAUUAGCUGAUAUUAUGAUGAUGUGUGGAAGUACAAUAAAAUAAUAUGGUGUAUUGGAUCCAACAUUAGAUAAGACUUAUCAAGUUCUUGAAUCAAUAUUAAGAGAUUUUUAUCAAAUGUUUAAGAAGGUUAAGUUUGUUAAUUUUGCAGGUGAUGAAGUUAGUAAGACUUGUUGGGAUCAAAGACCUGAAAUUAAACUAUUUAUGCAAGAAAACAAUAUUAAUGAUUAUUAUGAAUUAUAAUCUUAUUAUAGAAGAAGAUAAAAGUAAUUAUGGAAAGAAGUCAUUAAAGCUGAACAAGAUAUUAUUUAUCUAUAUAGAAAAGAAGACAAUUUACCACUUGAUAAAGAAGACAUUAUUCAUUGGUGGGGAUAUACUGAUCAAUUACCUGAUGUUGCUGAUAAACCUAAUAGAAUUAUUUUAAUGGAUUAUUUUCCAUUAUUUAUUGAUGCUGGAUUUGGUAAUGCUUUUGGAAAUCCUUAUUCUGUCUAUCAUACUUGGAAGGAGAUAUAUAAAUGGACUCCAUCACUUCCAGAAGGAUCAUUGAAUAUUAUAAUUGGUGGAGAAGUUCCAAUGUGGGGAGAAACCAAUAAUCAAAAUACACAUUUCAAUAAAUUAUAUAUGAGAACAUCUGUCAUUGCAGAAACGUAAUCUAAUAUUUAAUUUUAUUAGUCUAUGGAAUCCAAAAAUAAAGGAGACUGAAAAAUUUGCAUCUUUUGUUAAACGUCUUAUUGAAAUGGAAGAUAGAAUGACAAAAUAAGGUUUUGCUGUUACUCCUGUUACUCAUGGAUAUUGUAGAAAAAAUACAGAGCUUUGUUUUCCAAUUUUAAAUGAAAAUGAAGAAUAAAUAAUAACUGAAUGA